AUGUUAAGGGAUGGGUAUGAGCCUGAAAUGGGUUUAGGCCAGAAUGGUGAUAGCACGACAAGCUUGGUGAAGUUCUUUGAAAACUAUGGGAGGUUCGGUCUGGGUUACGAGCCAACACAUGCCGAUAAGAGAAGGGUCGCCUUAGAAAGGAAAGAAAGAAGCCUAGCCCAUUUACAAGGGUGGAGACCACAGAUGGAAAGGGUCCCUAUCUGUGACAUUAGCAAGAGCUUUGUUAGCGCAAGAUCCAACAAUGAGUCCUGUGAAAGUAGUGAUACCGAGAACCCGGAUGUUGAUUUUAAGCAACUUGUAAAUGAAGCCGAGGAGGAAGAAAAUGAGGAUUGGGAACUUCCCCCAGAUUUGAGGAGAAUGGUGGAGCAAGAAGAAAGGGAGGUGAAGCUGCACCGGGAAGAGACAGAGGUAGUGAAUUUAGGCAUUGGUGAAGAAAAAAAGAAGGUCAAGGUUGGCACUCAUAUGCCCGCGAACGUCCGAGAUAAGUUAGUGACUCUGUUGGGAGACUACCAAGACAUCUUCGCUUGGUCUUACCAGGAUAUGCCUGAUAAAGAUGGCACCAGAGGAUAUGGAAAAGACAACCUUCAUCACUCUAUGGGGAACCUUCUGCUACAAGGUGAUGUCAUUUGGGCUGAAGAACGCUGGGGCAACAUACCAGCGGUCAUGGUGGCGUUAUUCCACAACAUGAUGCAUAAAGAGAUCGAGGUCUACGUGAAUGACAUGAUCACCAAAUCAAGAACGGAGGAGGAACACCUAGUCAAUUUGCAAAAGUUGUUCGGGUGGCUGCGUAAAUAUAGGUUAAGGCUGAAUCCUACAAAGUGUACGUUCAGGGUAAAAUCCAAAAUAUUACUUGGCUUUGUCGUUAGCCAGAAAGGAAUAGAGGUGGAUCCAGACAAGGUAAAAGCAAUUCUUGAGAUGCCCAAGCCACGUACCGAGAAGCAGGUUCGGGGUUUCUUAGGAAGGUUGAAGUACAUAGCGAGAUUCAUAUCACAGUUAACUGCCACUUGCGAGCCUUUUUUCAGAUUAUUGCAUAAAAAUCAGUCUGUCCAAUGGGACGAUGAUUGUCAAGUGGCGUUUGAAAGGAUUAAACGGUCUUUAAUGAAUCCUCCUGUGCUCAUGCCACCGGUGCCCGGAAGACCUAUUAUCCUAUACAUGACAGUAUUAGAUGAGUCGAUGGGGUGUGUGUUGGGACAACACGAUGAACCCGGAAAAAAGGGAACGGGCCAUCUACUACUUGAGCAAGAAGUUCACAACAUGCGAGAUGAACUACUCGUUGCUAGAGAGGACGUGUUGUGCCUUGGCGUGGGCAGCUCACCAUUUGAGGCAGUAUAUGUUGAAUUACACUACUUGGUUCUGCUGUCAGAAUUCGAUAUUGUCUAUGUCACUCAGAAGGCGAUAAAGGGGAGCACUUUGGCAGAUUAUCUAGCUCAACAACCCAUAAGCGAUUAUCUGUCUAUGCAUCCAGAAUUCCCUGAUGAGGAUAUUAUGGCCUUGUUUGAAGAGGAGGUUGAAGAAGAGGACAAGGAUAAGUGGGUUGUGUGGUUUGACGGUGUGUCUAAUGCACUAGGCCAUGGGAUUGGGGCGGUGUUGGUUUCCCCGGACAAGCAAUAUAUACCUUUCACAGUUAGGUUGUGUUUCGACUGCACAAACAAUAUAAUAGAGUACGAGGCAUAUGCCCUAGGGAUUCGAGCGGCGAUUGACUUUAGGGUCAAGUUGGUCAAAGUAUAUGGGGACUCGACAUUGGUCAUUCAUCAAUUGAAAGGUGAAUGGGAGACCAGAGACCACAAGUUGGUGCCUUACCAGGUUUACAUCAGGAAAUUGAUGGAACUCUUUGAUGACAUAUCAUUUCAUCAUAUUCCUAGAGAUGAAAACCAGAUGGCUGACGCCCUUACCACUCUAUCGUCCAUGUUCAAAGUGAGCCCACAUGAAGAUUUGCCAUACAUCAAAUUCAGAUGUCGUGUUGAUCCUGCAUAUUGUUGUUUGAUAGAACAGGAAUAG